UCUUCCACCUCUUCUAUGGCAUGCAAAAACAUUUUCAUUCUUUUCUUCUUCCACACAAUUCUCCAAUCUCAACUACACAAUUCCAUAGCAGCAGAAAAUUGGAUAAAAGCUGGUUAUUAUCAAGCUAAUGAUAUAACUUACUCUCCCAAUAUUCAAAGCAUAAAUUCAACUCUUUACACUCACCUCAUCUAUGGCUUUGCUAAUAUUGACUUCAAUACAUCUACAGACCAAAUGAUUGUCUCAAUAUCAGAUGAUGAACAAUUGAAAAACUUCAAUACCAUUGUCAAGAAAAAAAAUCCAUCUCUUAAAACUCUUUUAUCAAUUGGUGGAAAAGACCAAUCUUCUUAUGACUCAGGUAUUUAUUUAUUAAUGUCCAGUACCUAUUUUCCUGGUAGAAAAUUCUUCAUUGAAUCUUCCAUCAAAAUCGCUCGUCUUUAUGGAUUUGAUGGACUAGAUUUUUGUUGGAUUUCACCUAGUUCGUCACAAGAAAUGACAAAUUUGGGUACCCUUUUGGAUGAUUGGAGAAUUGCUAUUGAUUUCGAGUCAAAGAACUCGAAAAAAUCACAACUUUUAUUAACCAUGGCUGUUCAAUAUACACCCUGGAUUCAAGAUUUGAGUUUCCCAAUUGAGUCAAUGAGGAAAUAUUUAGAUUGGGUACAUGUUUUUGCAUUUGAUUAUUAUGAUCCAGCGUCAACAAAUAAUACAUCUCCAGUUGCAGCAUUAUACGAUUCGAAUAGUGAUUUGAACACUGAUUAUGGUAUAAAUGCUUGGAUUAAAUCAGGUUUUCCUACACAAAAACUUGUGUUAGGAUUACCCUUUUAUGGUUAUGUAUGGACGUUGGUUAGUCCUAAAGAUAAUAAAAUUAGCGCGACGGGGACAGGGCCGGGGCCUAAAGAUUAUUCGUUUGGUGCUGAAGCUGAAAAUGAGCCGUUUUCGAGUAUAAGUAGUUGGUUAAGAUUCAAUGAUAUUAAGAGAGGUAUGAUAAAAUAUCGAGCUAAUAAUGCGUCGUAUAAUGCAAGUUAUGUGAUGAAUUAUGUCUCUGUUGGGACAUGUUGGGUUGGUUUUGAUGAUGUUGAGGCAGUGAAAACCAAAGUUGCAUAUGCAAAAGAGAAGCAUUUGAGAGGCUAUUUUGCAUGGGAAGUCUCAUAUGAUUGGAAUUCUGUUCUUUCUCAGGCUGCUGCAGGAGAAGUUGAAGAUAUACAAGAAGGAGUAACUGAUCAAUCAGGAAUACUGCACAAGAAGAAAAAACUCAACCGAGUGAUUCUCAUUUUGAUUCCAAUUGGAGCAGUAUUGAUCUUGUUGUUGCUUGUUUUUACACUGUGGUGUCUUAGAAGGAGACAACUAUUUAAGUUCCAAGGAAGAAUACCGAGGAACAAAAUUGGAAGCAAAAAUGAAGAUAGAAGAGGGGGAGAGAGCAGCAAUUUGCAUGUAUUCAGUUUUGAAGAGAUGAAGGCAGCUACAAAUAAUUUUUCAGUUGACAAUGAGCUUGGCCGAGGUGGAUAUGGACCUGUUUACAAGGGAAUGUUGAGAAAUGGGCAAGAAAUAGCUGUGAAAAGGCUCUCAGAAACUUCUACUCAAGGAUUGGAAGAGUUUGAAAAUGAAGUGAUCCUUACAGCAAAAUUACAACAUAUAAAUCUUGUAAAAGUUGUGGGUUUUUGCAUUGAAAGAAAAGAGAAGAUGUUGAUCUAUGAAUAUAUGCCCAACAAGAGCUUGGACUACUACAUUUAUAAUAAAGUCAGAAGAUUACUUCUAAAUUGGGAAAAGCGAGUUCAAGUAAUUGAAGGCAUUAUUCAAGGGCUCCUAUACCUCCAAGAAUAUUCAAGAUUAACAAUUAUUCAUAGGGAUUUGAAAGCCAGCAAUAUUUUAUUGGAUAUUGAUAUGAAACCAAAGAUUUCUGACUUUGGAAUGGCAAGAAUAUUUAAGAAGGAUGAAGUUGAAGCAAAUACCCUAAGAGUAGUUGGAACAAUGGGUUAUAUUCCACCUGAAUAUGUGGAACAAGGUAUCUAUUCAACAAAAUCUGAUGUUUUCAGUUUUGGAGUUCUUCUUCUUCAAAUCAUAAGUGGAAAGAAGAAUACAUGCCUACAUGGUCCAGAUGAAAACUUAAACCUUCUUGAAUACGCAUAUGAGAUGUGGAGAGAUGGUAAAGGCAUGGAGUUUAUGGAUCCAUCACUAGAUGAUACAACCUCAUCUUGUAAACUAUUGAAAUGCAUGCAAAUUUCUCUAUUAUGUGUCCAAAAAGAUCCAAUGGAAAGGCCUACAAUGUUAGAAGUUUCUUAUUUGUUAAAAGAUAUGAAUUUAGCUAUGAAUUCUCCAAAGAGGCCUGCAUUUUCUACGAGGGAAGAUGAAGAAGUUGGUAAUUCAAAUGGCUCAGUGCAGGAAAUUGGAGACGUUGACACUGCAACAAUUACACAAUUGGUUGCACGAUAAUGUUACUCUUUGUAAUUCAAUGAAUCAUUUGAAAAAAUUGUAAGAAAGAUGUUCCAUUUAUUAUAUUAAUUACAAUUUCUUUUUCAAAUC